AUGCAUGAGUUUCUUGGGCGCUCGCUGCCGUCCAGUGUGACCAUAGUGGAAGUGGGGCCGCGAGACGGGCUGCAGAACGAGCCAGAAAAGGUUUCCACGGACGUCAAGGUGCAGCUGAUUGACCAGCUGACGGCCGCCGGGCUGCCGGUGAUAGAGAGCACCAGCUUUGUGUCUCCCAAGUGGGUGCCGCAGCUGGCGGAUGCAGCUGACGUGCUGGCACGCAUCGCACAGCGCCCCGGCGUGCGAUACCCGGUGCUAGCACCCAACAUGAAGGGGUUUGAGAAUGCGCUCAAGGCAGGGGCGCGAGAGGUGGCCAUCUUCACCGCCGCCUCCGAGGCCUUCAACCGCAAGAACCUCAACUGCUCCGUGGACGAGAGCCUGCGCAAGUUUGAUGACGUCAUGGCGGCGGCCAAGCGGGAGGGCGUGGCGGUGCGCGGCUACGUGUCAUGCGUGGUGGGAUGCCCCUACCAGGGCGAGGUGCUCCCGGAGGAUGCUGCCCGUGUGGCUGGGGCGCUGCAUGAGAUGGGGUGCUACGAGGUCAGCAUGGGAGACACCAUCGGCACAGGCACACCCGCCUCAGUGGCGGCCAUGUUUGAGGCGUGCAAGCAGCGGGUGCCGGUGGAGCGGCUGGCGGCGCACAUGCACGACACCUACGGCCAGGGCGUGGCCAACACGCUGGCAGCCCUGCAGAUGGGCGUCGCGGUGGUGGACUCGUCAGUUGCCGGGCUGGGCGGCUGCCCGUACGCCAAGGGCGCCACAGGCAACGUGUCGACAGAGGAUGUGGUGUACAUGCUGGAUGGCUUCGGCAUCCGCCACGGCGUGGACAUGGAGCGCCUGCUGGAUGCCAGUGAAUUCAUCUGCAGGGCCCUGGGCAGGAGGAACAACAGCCGGGCUGCAGAGGCGCUGCUGAAGAAGCGGCAGGCCAGGCGGGAGGCGGCGCCAGCGGCAGCGUGA